CCUUAGCCAUUUUCUAAGCAAAAGGUGCUUCAUGCGUGUUUUUUCCUCACUAUAACAAAAAGUGCGUGCAAGUGUAGCAGGACAAAAGGGAAGAUGUCGUUGCCGAUCGCUCCUAAACUGACGCAAAUUCCAUCCGGCAAAACGGCCUCUAAGCUGCUAAAAAAGAAGGCCAACGAAUUCCUGGCCUGUACUCGUGCGACCACAGCGCUUGAGGAGAUUCUAGAGUACUAUAAGGAAUGUCUUGCGCGCAAGGCACCCAUAACGCCAUGCCUGCUGACACUGGAGUACUUAUUUACGCAACUGUUCCUUAGGGCCGACAUUCGUCCGGCCGAUCUAAACGCACAGCCUACGUACGUGCCUUCAGCGAAAGAUCCGCAAGCGAACCACAGACAAUGGUUGCUGGCACAGUAUCAGGAAACGUGCGGCCUAGUGGUGGACGGUAUGCAACACGAGAAGGAAAGCGAAGCGUGCCAAGCACUAGCGACGGCGAUGAAGCUGCUGGCCGUCCAGUGUGCCCAGCAGCCGGAAGUCGAUCGGUUCCCGGCGGCGGGCCUGAAACAAAUUCUUACCGCCAUGCUUUCAUCGCAGUGCCUCAAUAAGCAUCUAUUCAAUCGCUUCCUAGAAUACUCGUCACACUUGGACGUGAUUUUCUACUGCUGGAAAACGGUUCCAUCGUUAAUCACUCGAAGCGGCCCGCCGCCGACCGAUGUGUUCAAGCAUAACUUUCUGCUACUGCUCGAUGCGAUCAUGUUCGGAAAGGAGAAGCUAAAGGAAACGGACAGCGUGUUCUGUGUGUCGCUGGGCAACAGCGUGUUCGAUUACGCCGCAAUCCGGAAGCAGAUUAACCGCACCUGGGGCUUCGUAAUGAACUGGGAGCACAGUGAAGCGGUGCACGAGCAGCUGCUGAUACUGCUGCUCGAAAAAGUGUUCGUGCACCUGGACAAACCGGUCCUGCUGACGGACUUUUUGAUGGAUUCGCUCGACGUCGGUGGCACGGUCAGUGUGCUCGCGCUGCAGGGCGUGUUUGUGCUGAUCCAGCAGCACAACCUCACCUACCCAAACAUCUACGAAAAGCUGUACUCCAUGUUCGAGCCGGAGAUUUUCCACACAAAGUUUAAAGCCCGCCUGUUCUACCUGGCCGACAUCUUUCUCAGCUCUAGUCAUCUGCCGGAAGGAUUGGUGGCGGCGUUUGUGAAACGGUUGGCACGCCUUGCGCUGAUCGCACCACCGCAGGACAUUGUGAUUAUAUUGCGCUUCGUGGGCAACUUGAUUCUGCGCCAUCCGGCCCUGAAGCGACUCAUCUUCCAUCCGACCGGUGGCGAAGCGUCCAGCGAUCCGUACGUGAUGGAGGAACGGGACCCGAUGAAAUCGAAAGCGCUCGAAAGCUCGCUGUGGGAGCUGGCGGCACUGCAAAACCAUGUACUGCCGUCGGUCGCAUCGGCCGCACGGUUCAUCUCGAAUCCACUGCCAAGCGUCGAAUGGGACCUUUCGGAGGUGUUGGAGAUUAAUGAGAAUGAUAUUUUCCACAAAGAAAUAGUGUCAAAAACGAAAGAGUUUUUCGUAAACAUUGAUCGCCCAACCGGCAUGUUUGGAUAUUGCGGAGGCCAGAUGGCGUCGCAGUAUUGGAAGCUGUUUUAAAAACGCAAACGAAGCGUCCGUCUCACCAAAUCUCUUUUUUUUUUUGCUCUCGCUGGACACAAGAUGAGCUUACAGUAUAGCCCUGUGCCGAAGGCGAAAGGUACCGAGGGGGGUUUAGUGUGCAGUGUUUAGUCAUGUAGCUAGUUCUAUCGCAAAGGAAUCAGCCAGACUAUCGUGCGUGAUGUGAUUGGGCCCAGCAGAGAUGGUAUCGUCGUAUUUAUUUGAUUUUUAGCAGGAAACAACAGCAACGCAACCCUUCGUGACAGUGUAACACCCGGAUAUAGAGUAAUCAAAUGAUGCAGAUGAAAGCAUCCUUCAUGGUAUCGUUUGGCCUAUUGGCUUUAUGCAGCAUAUUGAAACGAAAGUGCACACAGUUAAGCCCAACACCACCCCACCAUACACUAGCUACACACAAAACGUUCCUAAUAAUCUCGGAAACAGCCUUGUUUCCUUUUUACUUUUACAAAGCACCCCCAGAAGCAUUUAAUAUUUUGCGUUUUUUUUUAAACAAAUUAAUUGUUAUCGUGUUCUUUUUUGUUUUUGUCAAGUCGAUCGCGUCUAACGUUGGUCUGCUGCUCCCACUUAGGUUACUAAUUUUUCUUAACCACUUAGCAGCACCACAAAAGCACACACACACACACAGACAGAGAAGCAGACAAUGGGUUGAUAGUAAUAAGAUGAAUGUGCGUGAGAAACACUUCAAGAGGAAAAGCAAAAGUACGGAAGGAAGAGGCAUAAUUUCAAUGGAAAGGGGAGGGGGAGAAUAAGUUUUGUGCCGUUGAUGGAAUCGGCCCACCACAAUUGAGAUGUACGGGAGGUUUGAGUGUGUGUGAAUGUGUGGCAGGACAAGUAAUUAACAACCAUCAGUAUGUGAUUAAAGUACGAGAAAAUCCAGCUUCUCUUCCGUCGUCGGUCCGAGGUUCCCUCUAUUUGGGAAUAAUAAUUGAAGGGCAGACAGCAUGCGGCUUCUCGCAAGAAAAACGGACAUUGAAACAAUAAACUACAAGAAUACAUUCUUUAGGAUAAUAA